AUGCGCAGUAAAGAAAUAGCCGGUGUAUUUCAUGUGCGCCGGAGGGUGGUGAAGGAAGAGAUCACCGAGGACAGCGCCCUCCUGCCCUGCUUCAACGGAAGAGUCGUCUCCUGGCUGGUGUCUUCGGAGGUCCCCCCACCUGAGCCGCCACCGCCCCCUCCUCCCGCUCCCGGCGAGGUCCGUCCGGAGCCUGCUCCCGCACCACCUCCUCUUCCUCCAUUGCCCGUAGAAAGGACCAGCGGCAUCGGCGACUCCCGCCCUCCUUCCUUCCACCCAAACCUCUCGGGCAGCUGCGAAAACUUGGACCGUGAAACCGAGACGGAGUCCGUCGUGUCCCUGCGGAGAGAGCGGCCACGGCGCCGGGAGAGCAUGGAGCACGGAGGUGGGCACCGGAUCAAUGGGCAAUCCCGGCUGGAGCGCCACCUGGCUGGCUACGAGAGCUCCUCCACGCUGCUUACCAGCGAGCUGGAGACCACCAGCCUCUGUGACUCGGAUGACGACGAUGCCAUGAGCCGGUUUAGCAGUUCCACGGAGCAGAGCAGCGCCUCCCGCCUUCUCAAGCGCCACCGUCGGAGGAGGAAGCAGCGCCCACCACGUCUCGAACGGACAUCGUCCUUCAGCAGCGUCACCGACUCCACUAUGUCGCUGAACAUCAUCACCGUCACCCUGAACAUGGAAAAAUACAACUUCCUGGGCAUCUCCAUUGUGGGGCAGAGCAACGAGCGGGGCGACGGGGGCAUCUACAUCGGCUCCAUCAUGAAAGGGGGGGCCGUGGCAGCCGACGGCCGGAUCGAACCCGGGGACAUGUUGCUCCAGGUGAACGACAUCAACUUUGAGAACAUGAGCAAUGACGAUGCCGUGAGAGUACUGCGAGAGAUCGUCCACAAGCCGGGCCCCAUCGUGCUGACGGUAGCCAAGUGCUGGGACCCCUCCCCACAAGGGUAUUUCACCCUGCCCAGAAAUGAGCCCAUCCAACCCAUCGAUCCGGCCGCUUGGGUGUCCCACUCGGCCGCUCUGACGGGGGCCUUUGCCCCCUACCUGGGCAGCAGCUCCAUGAGCACCAUCACCUCGGGGACGUCCGUCACGGAGACCGAACGCUUUGACAACUUCAACCUCUCGAUCCACACGGACAUGGCUUCCGUCACCAAGGCCAUGGCGUCCCCCGAGUCCGGCUUGGAAGUCCGCGACCGCAUGUGGCUGAAGAUCACUAUCCCGGAUGCUUUCCUAGGCUCGGACGUCGUGGACUGGCUCUACCACCACGUGGAAGGCUUCCAGGACCGCCGCGAAGCCCGCAAGUACGCCAGUAACCUCCUGAAGGCUGGCUUCAUCCGCCACACUGUGAACAAGAUCACCUUCUCCGAGCAGUGCUACUACAUCUUCGGCGACUUCAGCAGCUGCGAGAACUAUAUGGCCAACCUCUCGCUGAACGACAACGACGGAUCCAGCGGGGCCUCGGACCAGGACACGCUCGCGCCUCUGCCUCUUCCAGGGGCCACCCCUUGGCCGCUGAUGCCAACCUUUCCCUACCAGUACCCGGCCCCCCACCCGUACAGCCCCCAGCCUCCGCCCUACCACGAGCUCUCCUCGUACAGCUAUGGGGUGGGAAGCGCCGGCAGCCAGCAGAGCGAAGGCAGCCGCAGCAGUGGCUCGAACCGCAGCGACGGAGGCGGUGGUGGCAGCGGGGGCGGCCGGGGGACCGGGCGGCCCAAGGAGGAGAAGCCCGGGCCGGAGUCGAAAUCCGGUAGUGGCAGUGAGUCAGAAUACUCCAUCCGCAGCGGCAGCCAGCGUGGCGGGUGUGCGGCGUUGAUGCCGGGUGGGGAGGCGUCCUCACAGCGCAGCCAGCACAGCCUGGGGGGUGUCAGCGUGCGUUCCCACCCCUCCCUCCAAAGUGCCUAUGCGGCCCCCGGGGGGAUGCCCUUGGCUUACAAACCGAUGAUGGUGAUGAUGGUGCCUCCGCCGCCGCCUCCUCUUCCUCCCCCCACUGUACAGCCUCCGGGCGCCCCUCCGGUGCGCGACCUGGGCUCGGUGCCCCCCGAGCUGACGGCCAGCCGCCAGUCCUUCCACAUGGCCAUGGGGAACCCCAGCGAGUUCUUUGUGGAUGUGAUGUGACGGGGGGGGGAAGGGGGCACCACUUCCAAACCCCCCUCCCAACUGUUCCCACCCAAAACCAGCUGAGAGGUCCAGCCUCUUCAUUUAGGGGGGUCCUUCGCCCCCAAGGAUGGACCAAACCUUCUCAAUCCCAGAUUCACCAGCUGAUCCUUUGCCCUGAGCGAGCUCUUCACAGCCAUGAGUCGAUCCCUCUGGGCUACAAGUCGAUCCACUCCAGGCCAUUAGUCACUUCCUCCUGGCGACGAGUCGAUCCUUCCGGGUCCCGAGUCGAUCCUUCCGGGCCACUCACCAAUCCCUCUGGACCGUGGGUUGAUCCCUCCAGGCCAUGAGUCAUUUUCUCCUGGCUACAAGUCAAUCCCUCCAGGCUGUGAGUUGAUCCCUCCGGGCCGCGAGUUGAUCCCUCCGGGCCGCUAGUCGAUCCCUCUGGGCCGCGAGUCGAUCCCUCUGGUCCGUGGGUUGAUCCCUCCAGGCCAUGAGUCAUUCCCUCCUGGCUACAAGUCGAUCCCUCUGGGCCGUGAGUCGAUCCCUCCAGGCCGUGAGUCGAUCCCUCCAGGCCGCGAGUCGAUCCCUCCAGGCCGCGAGUCGAUCCCUCCAGGCCAUGAGUUGUUCCUUCUUGGCCACAAGUCAGUCCCUCUGGAUCAUUCACCGAUCCCUCCAGGCCACGAGUUGAUCCUUCCAGGCCGUUCACCGAUCCCUCCAGGCCACGAGUCGAUCCCUCCAGGCCGCGAAUUCACUUUCCUACCUAUCACUCGUGCCUUCUGCUCCGGGGCUCGUUGGCCAAGCUGCUUUUUUAGGACCGAGGCCCGACUCAGGUCUUGCUCCGUUCAUGUUUUCGUGCCUUGCUAUGCUGAGCCAGGGAGGCUCAGCGUACUCUGACCAGCCUUGCAAAAAAAUAAUAAUAAUAUCACCCCGUCUUCCUGGGACCAGUGGAUGCCGAAUCCGCCUCCGUCUGUCAUCCGAAUAUCUCACCCACCCACCCUCGUUUCCGAGAUUUGGCGACUUGUAUGCUUCCUUUUUCCUUCCCUUCCUUUGGGUGGUUUGCAGGAAGCGGGGUGCGGUGUGGGGUGUUGCUUCCUGCUUCUCU